AUGGCUUGUAAUACCAUUCGUCGGAGUCCGUCGCAUCUAUCAUUCGAUUUCUCGCCGCAGAUAAAUCUCUAUUUUACAACGGAUGAAGUAAGUGAAAGUGAAUAUAAUGAUGAUAUAGGAAUAAGAUACAACUGUCUGCGACUUCCUUCGAAUUUACAAGAUGCAAGUAUAACUCGACAGAUCUCAUCGUAUUGCAUGAGCGAAUCAUCAAGACAGUUUCACAUUGAACAUGAUAUACCGUCACUCUCAUUUGCUGAUCUUGCAAAAAAGAACAUCACAAGUGAAAAUUUAUAUAUUUGGUCAGCACCACUAGACAUUGUUGAACAAUACCAAAUGUAUUUAGAAACGAACGAUUCCUCCUUAGAAAAACAAAGCUUCUACAAUUGCACGUUACCAAGAUUUGGACCAAUGUGUCAAUAUGAAUUGUACUACUACCAUGAUAAUUAUUCCUCUUUAUACGAAAUUGUUCAUAAUUAUUAUAAAUCCUAUUAUCAUCAAUCAAUUACAAAGACUUGUUACAUUCAUCUGACAUGCCGUCGUGGUUAUUCGCCAGCAUGUUUAGAUUGGACUGAGAUUUGUGAUGGUAAAGUUGAUUGUAUUGACGGAAAUUAUGAUGAAGACCAUUGUUGGCAACUUGAAUUGAACGAAUGUGAACAGGAUGAGUACCAAUGUGUGAAUGGACUAUGUAUACCGCGUGAAUUUGUUCGCGACGGUAAUCUGUAUCUUGAUUGUAUUGACACAUCCGAUGAAAAUUUUAAAAGAACUAUUGAUUCUCGGCUGCCAAAGGUAGUCGAGCCAGCUUUUGGAAUUGAUGAUAUCGUGUGUUACGAUAAGUUUAUUAGCAGCUCUUGUAUUUCAAAAUAUGAACGCUUAACCAUGGAAUCGAUGUUUUCAGGCAAGGACCGUUCAGUGUCAGACGAAUGUUGGACAGCUUUUAAAUGCUAUUUUGCUUUUUCAACUCCACGGUAUCCCAAGAUCACUAUCACGAUUAUCAAUGAAGAAUGUAUACCUAUCAUCAGAAAAGAGUGCCCAGCUACAUUAUAUGUUCCCAAUAUUCCCAUUUUUUUUGGUCAUGUUUAUACGGCUUUUAAGAAAAAUGAGUUGACUACUUCUUUAGUUCCAUCAGUGCCAUAUUUAUGUUCGAACAAAUAUUUUUCUCAUAGUUUUGCACUAGAUUCUUUAUUGAACGAUACAACGUGCUUUAAAGCUGCUAGGUGGACGCAAAUAGUCCUGCUUGAUGAUUUAUCUCCUGUUUUCCGAUUUAGUACUUUUAUGGAAAUGACCUUUCAACAAGUUAAACUAUUUCAACCGAUAGUUAACUUUCCAAUCGAUCAAUAUAAUCAAUCUAACGUCUAUCAAUGUUCAAAUUCAUCAAAAUACAUCCCAUUUCAUCGUUUACUCGACGCUGUAUUUGAUUGUCCUUACAAGGACGAUGAAAAUAUAAUUGAGCAUAUCGAUCCUCAUCUACUGACGCAAUUCCAAAAUAAAUAUUACAGAUGUCAUAUGACCAACAAAUAUAUCACUCGAUCCGCAAUAUUGAAUGGAAAAUGCGAUUGUGGAUUUGUUAAUCAGUCAUGCGAAGAUGAAAAUCUAUUCGAUAACUUUACUCGCCGAACCAUAUCUUUUCAGACGAUGUGUGAUGGUUUCCAAGAGUUAUAUCCAAUUACCAUCGACGGUCAAAAUCAAACGGAUGAAACUCAAUGCGAGCCAUGGGAAUGUGAUAAUAUGUACACUCGAUGUGAUCAAAUAUGGAAUUGUUUAGACGGAAAAGACGAAAUGAAUUGUGACAAUACACCACCAUUACUCAAUUGCUCUUCGGAUUCUCGAAUGUGUGUCACGUUAGACACAUAUCAGCUGAUAUGUUUGCCACUUCGUCAAAUCAAUGAUGGUCAAAUUGAUUGCCUUGGUGGUACUGAUGAACGAAUGUUAUGUCGAUCUCCCUAUUCGUAUAGAGAUGCAGAAUUUUACUGUGUGAUUCAUAAAAAGCGUCCACCAUGUAUCCAAUCUUAUGCUUUAUGUGAUGGCAAGAAGUUAUGUGCAGAUAAAGAAGAUGAACGAUUUUGCAACAAAAAUCGAUCAUUUCCGUUGAACACUGGGAUUUGCAAUGACAAGUACAAACCAUUGAGAACUGAUGUUGAAAAGUUCUUAUGUGAUACGAUUAAAGGUAGACAAAAGGCAAAAAUAAAACAUUUUCGAAUAACCGGAUUUUCUCGAUCAUCUGAUCAUGAAAUCAAUGAAAAGAAGAAGCCUAUUAAUCAAAUCACUUUAAACAACAAGAAGCCACUUCCACUCUUGAGUGUUCCUCGUUGUCAUCGUGGUCUUGAUGUACGCGUUUGGUUGAACCAAUCAUCUAACUUCUACACAAGGACAUGUUUUUGUCCUCCUACUUACUAUGGAAAGCAAUGUCAAUACCAAAAUCAACGUGUCAGUGUAGUAAUGAGAUUUCAUGUUCCAGCGCAGUCGCGACGAACUCUAUUCGCGAUUCUAGUUAUGCUUAUCGAUGAUUCAAGUCAACGGACUGUUCAUUCCUAUGAACAAUUUACCUAUUUAUCCAUUCGAGAUUGCAAGAUUAAAUUUAAUUUUUACUUACUUUAUUCAACUCGACCUAAACGUUCAAAUCGGAGUUAUUCAGUUCAUAUUGAUGUCUAUGAAAGGUUCUCUCUUACAUAUCGAACGAGUUUCAUCUAUCCUGUCAAAUUCUCCUUCUUACCAGUUCAUCGCUUGGCAUUCAUUGUGAAAAUUCCAUCCGACGAAUCUUCACGUGAGACUUGCUCGGACAAGGAAUGCCUCCAUGGAAAAUGUAUGAAGUAUGCUAACACACAACACAGUUUUUGUCAAUGUCACCGAGGAUGGAUGGGAGCGUCUUGUGAUAUUCCGUAUAAUUGCACUUGCUCGUCGAAUUCAUUAUGCGUUGGUGUAUCGAGUUAUAAUCGAUCGAUUUGUGUCUGUCAAGAGAAUUAUUUUGGUUCUGAAUGUUAUCUUCGAAAUCGAAUCUGUGACGAAUCUCCAUGCGAAAACAAUGGUAUAUGUGUAACCCAUAGUGAUCUCACACUGACCAAUCAGAAGUAUUUUUGUAUUUGUGCCAAAGGCUUUAGCGGACGUCAGUGUCGAUUAAUCGAUACUCGGAUUAAACUGAUCUUUGAAAAAAAUAUUGAUUUGUCUCAUUCAGUUUUCAUUCAUUUUGUGCGAAUUACUCCAUUUGAUGAAUUCCAAAAGAACAUUCCAAAAUCUUCACCACAACGAUCAACCAAAUUACAAACGAUAACUCAAGCAAGCAAUUCCCUUCGACUCUACUGGUCAGGCCCAUUUCAUUUAACUUUUAUCGAAACAUUACAUAGAACAUAUUAUUUAAGUGUUAUUCAACCGAUUUACAAUCGUUCAAUCGGAAUUACGCGUCAAGUUCGUUCGUCUGAUCGUUGUCCAUCAAUUAACGAAUUAGCCAAUGAAACAUUUGCUCGUCUUCAUGUACUUCAGCGAAUGAAAUCGUACCAUUUGAUUUGUCAGGCAUCACCUAAUCUCGAAUGUUUUCACGAUGAUAUUCACCUUUGUCUCUGCUAUGAUCAUCAGAACAAACGCUUAGCGAAUUGUUUCAAUUUUGAUCAUCAGAUGAAAUUCGACUGUUUCGGACGAAACCAUUGUGAGAACGAUGGGCAAUGUUUUCAGGAUUCGCCCGAUUGCCCAAAACAGUCGAUUUGCGUUUGUCGAUCGUGUUACUACGGAAGUCUGUGCCAGUUUAGCACAAAGGAAUUCGGCCUAUCACUCGAUGCGAUUUUAGCUUAUCAUAUCAUCCCCGGCGUGAAUAUUUUUCAACAAACAUUAAUUGUGAACAUCAGCUUUUCACUCACAGUUCUUUUUAUACUCGUUGGGUUAAUCAAUGCCGUGGGUUCUUUUAUCACAUUUAAGAAUAAGACUGUUCUGAAAGUUGGUUGUGGUGUGUAUUUAUUAGGUUCGUCGAUAACGACAAUCUUGACGAUAGUUUUGUUUGCAAUGAAAUAUUUUGUUUAUCUUUCGACACAAAUCUCCACGUCUUCCAAUCGAAUCUUUUUACAAAUUCAAUGUCAUUCGAUAGACUUUCUCCUUCGACUUUGUCUUAACAUGGAUCAAUGGCUGAAUGCAUGUGUUUCAAUGGAAAGAGCAACGAUGACUAUUCAAGGCGCUCGAUUUGUAAAGAAGAAAAGUAAGGAUUUAGCGAAAAAACAUCUGAUUCUUCUGUUGAUUUUAAUGGUGUUAACAUCCAUUCAUGAUCCACUUCAUCGAAGUUUGCUGCAAGAAGAGAACGACAGUGAUGAUGACACAAAACGAAUCUGGUGCGUUGUCAAAUACUCUUCAAGUUUACAAACUUAUAAUCGAAUUGUGAACACGUUUCAUUUCUUCGCUCCAUUUCUCAUCAAUUUCACUUCAUCGAUUGUUUUGAUAAUAACAAAGUCUCGACAAAAACUUCGUUUUCGAGAAGAUCAAACUUAUAAACGUGUGUUACACGAACAAGUUCGUGAACAUCAACAUUUACUAAUUGCACCUGUUGUUCUAUGUCUUCUCGCUUUGCCACGUUUGAUACUUUCAUAUGUAUCGAAAUGUAUGAAUUCGUCUAAAGAUUCGUGGAUAUUUCUUAUUGGAUAUUUCAUCUCGUUUAUUCCUACGGUGAUCACAUUUCUCAUCUUUGUUUUACCGUCAAAAUUUUAUAGAACAGAAUGUCGAAAGAGUAUAACACAAUACCGAAACCAGAUUCAACAGCGUUUUCGUCGAACACAAUAA